CCUCAGCCUCCCGAGUGCUGGGAUUACAGGCGUGCGCCCCCACGCCCAGCUCUCUCAACUAAAUCUCGGUGAACUCCAGGUCGCACGGGGCUGGCUGUGGCGUGAGGGCGGACUGAGCCUCUUUAAUAAAAGUUACUGCUCCCUCAACUGCUCUUGUCUAUGCAGGGAAGGGGCCAGGAAACUUGAGGCUUGGCAGAAACAAAGAGAGAAGGUCCAUCUGUCGCGCGGGUGCUGUGAAUCUGUCCCCACUCCAAAUUCAGUGUUUUUCAUGGUUAUAUAAAGACUCCGACUCCCGCACUAGAUCGUGCACUGUCCCGCGCUCCCGCCGCACGCUCUCGCCACCCAGCGGUGGCAGUUGGGAACGGACGACCCACAACGCGCAAGCGCAAUAGCCCUGACGGUGCUUCCGGAUUGGUGCCCUGAAUCCUCUGUGGCGGGGGCCGAGGGGGAAGCGGGGACGGUGGCCGGGCAGGAGGGCGCGGCGAAUCAUUUCGCGUUUUCUUUCCCUGGUCCCCGCAGCUGCUACUAUGCGGUACAACGAGAAGGAGCUGCGGGCCCUGUCCCAGCAGCCGGCCGAAAUGGCGGCUGAGUUGAGCAUGCGAGGACCCAAGAAAGGCAGCGUGGCCAAGCGGCGGCUGGUGAAGCUGGUGGUCAACUUCCUGUUCUACUUCCGCACCGACGAGGCCGAGCCCCUCGGAGCCCUGCUUCUGGAGCGCUGCAGAGUCGCGCAGGAAGAGCCCGGCGGCUUCUCUAUCAGCUUCAUCGAGGACCCAGAAAGGAAGUAUUACUUUGAGUGCUGCACCCAGGAGCAAUGUCAGGAGUGGAUGGAGGCUCUGCGUCAGGCCAGCUAUGAGUACAUGCGGAGAAGCCUCAUCUUCUACAGGAAUGAGAUCCAGAAGAUGACAGGCAAGGAUCCCUUGGAGCAGUAUGGCAUAUCAGAGGAGGCCAGGUUCCAGCUGAGCAACAAGCCAAGGGACGGGCGGGCAGCUUUUGUCGGUGCUCGGCUGGAUGAGCUAGACUAAACCUCUGCUAGACCCUGUCGUGGGUUCCCUGGCCACGCCUGGGCCUGCCCUGGGGGUGUUUGGGCUCAAAGUCUGAGGCUGGGCAGGGGUGCACAGGGGCUGCAUUUUUGGAGAAAACCAGUAAGUGCCCCUUCCCUGUGCCUUGAGACCCACCAGAGGGUUCUGGCGCCAGGGUGCCACAGUCUGCUGCUACACCAAGUGCCCCUCCAUGUGCCCACUGAGAGCUGGGUGUGUACCUGGCUGGCAAGGCCCUCUGGUCCUGCACCAGCGGAAUGUAUGAAGCUAAGGGAAGCUGUGAAUGGUGAGGGUCUCCCUCUGCCAGCUGUGAACUCUGCCCCUGCUGACGGGGAUGGGGUGGCCCUGGCCCUGGGUCACUGCACUCACUCUGUUCAAUAAAGGUACCUCUUUUUCAAA